CGAUGUGCUUUAUUCAGCCGACUGGAACCACACCUGCGAAGAUAAGACGCCCGGGAUAACUUCUCCGCACUUUUUAAAUCCCACAAGUGUCCGUCUUUGGUGGACUCCUCGGUUGUGAGGGGGAAGCGGAGGCCGAUAUGAGGGUGUGUAACCGGGGGGUGCUGAUGCUUCUCACGACGGCAGGGGCUUUCUGCGCGUUCAGCCUCAUGACCAUCGCUGUGGGCACGGACUACUGGCUGUACUCCCCCGGGAUGUGCCGCUCCAAGAACCCCAACGACAACGAGACCGUCCACAAGAACGAGGAGGUCCUCACCCACUCUGGUCUGUGGAGAACCUGCUGCACCGAGGGGAUAUUUCGAGGUGUUUGCAAAGAUAUUGAUCACUUCCCAGAUGAUGCAGACUAUGAGCAGGAUGCUGCAGAAUAUUUACUACGAGCAGUACGGGCCUCCAGCCUCUUCCCCAUACUCAGUGUGGGACUAUUAUUUCUCGGUGGUGUCUGUGUAGCUGCCAGUGAGUUUUAUAAGUCACGCUACAAUGUCAUCCUCACCGCUGGUAUUCUCUUUGUCUCUGCAGGUCUCAGUAACAUCAUUGGCAUCAUUGUGUACAUAUCAGCCAACUCAGGAGACCCCAGCCAGAGUGACAACAAGAAGAGCUACUCCUACGGUUGGUCCUUUUAUUUUGGAGCUCUGUCUUUUGUGCUGGCUGAGGUAGUUGGAGUCCUGGCAGUUCACGUGUUCAUUGAGAAACACAGACAGCUGCGCACUAAAGGACGGCCUUCGCUCAUGAAGCCUCCAAUCUCCCGCAGCUCAUCUUAUUACCGCAACCGUUACUACCACAACCGCAGCCGCCGCUACAGUUACAAGAGCAACCACAGUGAGUCAAACACCUAUCAAGUCCCCCUGGUGCGUGAUCGAGACCCCAUCUCUCCUGAAUCCAAACUGGGCAUUAUGGCAGGUUUGCCUACACCAAUGACAAUGGACUCAGAGUUCAUGCUGUACACCCUAACCUCACCUCUGAAAGACGGAAACAUUAACAUGGCUAUGGAUGAUUUAACAACUGCAGCUGCUCACAACAACACAGAGAUGCUGCCAGGAAACUGCGCUUCCAGCAGACGGACCACACCUGUCUGAAAGGAGCAGAACUGCAGCAUUGACAUAAAGGAGGAUGAGAACAUCAGUGAGAAAACAGAAAUGCUCUCAGUGUGUAGGUUUCAAACCAUUGUUCUGUUUGACUUGAUAUUGUCAAACUCAGAGAAAAAUAAAAGUGAACAAAAACACAGUUUUGAGAUACAAUAUUUUUCUUAUUUGUUUGUUAUUCUGCUGAGUUUCUGUAAAUAUAUCUGUAAUCUGCAUGCAAAUGAAUGUGGAAUGUAAAGGAAUCAUGCCGAGAAACAGAAAGGAGGAGCUGUCCAUGGUAAUAAGAAUUACAAAGAAAUUAAAGACACUACUUUUACACCUGAUGUGGUCCUAAAUUUCUAUCCCAUCCUUUUUAUAAUGCAUUAAACAUCCUGAGAAUGAAUACCCCAUUAAAUAUACUAGAGCCCACCAUAUCUAUGUCACACUGUCUACAUUUUUGUGUGUAAGUGUGAAUGAAUACACAACUAUGCAUAUAUGCCAUUAGGAUUUUGUCACUCUGUCUCUGUUUAAAUCAUAUAGAUAUUUUAUAUAAACAUUGAA